GCCAAUGCGCAACGACCAGAUUCAAGUAGGAACGUCAGGCUACCAUCUGACCCUGUUUCUUGGACUGCCGUCGUGCGCGAGGGAACCAUACAUUCAACUCAUUUUUCAAAUCAUUUUUCUUUCCUUGCACAAAUACAAACUGUAGAGCGUGGCCAGGCAUUGAUGGAGUCGCGGGCAAUCUUGUGCGUACGCACUAAAAACAAAACACUGCAGGAUGUUACUUCUCCUGGUCAUUCCGUCUGUGAUUUCGAUUGAACAGUGAUGUUUCCACAUAAUGGGUCAACUGUUUAGAUGAAAAUUACUACUUUGAUCAAAUUGCGCAAUUUGCCACCCUCGCCUUGUGUAUCUCUGCUUGGAAUGCAUGAGGAGAAUGGGGAGGAACAGACGUGUCUAUCUAGAAUGGAUAUAACCCCAACAACUUUUGCCGCAGCGAACUCAUCAGAGGAUACUAAUGGCACGAGUGCCCAAAGACCUCUGCCUCACUCCCAGAGCGUGGCCGUCUUCAUCGUGUUCCUAGUCACCGUUAUCAUUCUGGUGACAAUCGUAGGGAAUGUACUUGUUGUGGUGGCCGUUUUCACCAGCCGCGCGCUCCGUGCGCCGCAGAAUCUCUUCCUUGUCUCUUUGGCAUCAGCAGAUAUAUUAGUGGCCACCUUGGUCAUCCCUUUCUCCCUCGCCAAUGAGAUCAUGGGUUACUGGUACUUUGGGAGCACCUGGUGCGCCUUCUACUUGGCCCUUGACGUCCUCUUCUGCACGUCCUCCAUUGUGCACCUCUGUGCCAUAAGUCUGGACAGGUACUGGUCUGUAACCAAAGCUGUUAGCUACAAUCGGAAGAGGACGCCCAAGCGUAUUAAGUGUAUGAUCACCGUGGUCUGGGUCAUAUCAGCAGUCAUCUCUUUUCCACCGUUACUUAUGACCAAACACAAUGAGCAUGAGUGUUUGCUCAACAACGAAACAUGGUAUAUUCUCUCGUCUUGUCUGGUAUCAUUUUUCGCCCCGGGACUAAUCAUGAUUCUGGUGUAUUGUAAAAUAUAUAAAGUGGCCAAGCAGCGCGCAUCAACUGUGUUUGCAGCAAAGAACGGGACGGAGAGACAGCCUUCGCAGUCGGAGACGUGCUUUGUGCCCAGGAGGAAGUUUGAGGUGGAGAGCCCCAGCAGCCCCAGUUUAGGUGGCCACAUGCGGAAAGGAGAGCUCGAUGAUAUUGACCUGGAGGAGAGCUGCGUCGCCGACAGCAAACCCAAGAACUGUCUCUUCGCCAAGAGAGGGAAAGUGGAGGGCGCAAACACUUUCCCAAAACAGAGUUGCCGGGUGUCAUGGGCUUCAAACCGCAACGCGAAGCUCUCUCAGGAGCAAAAGAUUAGACAGAUGUCACUGUCAAAGACCAAACUGGCGCAGAUGCGUGAAAAGCGCUUUACGUUUGUCCUUGCAGUGGUGAUGGGGGUGUUUGUACUCUGCUGGUUCCCAUUCUUUUUUACAUACAGUCUGCACGCAAUAUGCAGAGAUUGUUGCCCAAUUCCGGAUGCUCUCUUUAAUCUGUUUUUCUGGAUUGGUUACUGUAACAGUUCAGUGAAUCCUAUCAUUUAUACAAUAUUUAAUCGCGAUUUUCGGAGAUCUUUCAUGAAGAUCAUUUGCCAGACUUCACACACAUAGGUUUACAAAAAAAAUGUAUCUCUCUCUAUAUAUGUGUGCGUGUGGGUAAGCUCUGUUGCGUUUAGUAUAUGUACUUAUGAAACGUGUAAAAAGUGUUUGUAGAAUCAUGUGAUGAGAUUUUAAAAUAAUAAUAAUUUAAUGUCAUGUAAAAAAUGGACUUCAAAUUUAGUGAGUUUGUAACCGUCAGAUGGUGUUUCUGUGGACUUGAAUGCAUCAGGUUGCAAAUCGGCAUAAUUUAUUUUAAAAAAAGAAUUAUCAGUAUCCAAUCUACAUAUUAGAGAAGCAUGAGUCAGACUACACUGUUAUGUUUCUCCAUGUUGUUAAUCACAUUUCGCAGUGUUCUGUUAUUAAUACAUUAAAGGGCUUUUGAUGUAAA